AUGACAGAGGAAAAAGCAGAUGAAUCCGACGAAUAUAAGGAAGAUAUGGAUGAUAGGACAGAUGCAGCAACUGUCGUGUCAAUGGGGAGUAAACGUACGCAGGUACACCGCUGGGCAAUAUUGGGGUACUCUGCGUUGUUUGUUGAGGUGCAGGCGAGGCGCCGGCAACAGCGAGAAGAGUGGAUAAAAGGAUGCCAGUCGCGAACUUCAUGA